AUGAAGAGCUGUAGAUGGAGGCGGGACGAGGCCAGUGGGAGGGCUCCAGGUAACAGCAGGAAACUGGAGGGGCCGGCAGAAGUGCCGCGGGGGGGGGGCGCCGUGAGGGCGGCCGGGCGGCGGGGGGCGGCGUACGGGCGGCUUGGGGCGGCGGCCGGCGGGGUGGCGGCCGGGCAGCGUCGAGGCGGCGGCCGGGCAGCGUCGGUGCGGCGGCCGGGUAGCGUCGGGGCGGCGGCCGGGCAGCGUCGGGGCGGCGGCCGGGCAGCGUCGGGGCGGGGGCCGGGGUCUGCUGCUGGAGGCGGCGACACCGGCGAAGGGGCAGCUGCCGGAAGAUUCGCCCGUAGCCGACCGCGUCGCCUUGGCCAGGUGGUUGGAGGAUAG